AAAAAAAAAGGAGAGGAGGAAAGGAAGAAAAAAGGGAGAGGAAAUAUUAAACAAAAAUAAAGGUUUUUUUAUUCAAAAAAAAAUUUUUUUUCAAAAUAAAAAUUAAUUUAUGGAUCCUUUACUGGACGGAACUUUACAUCGUGGAGGAGCUGAUGCUUUACGUAUUUUUAGAGAAGCUUUUUUAACAGAAAUUGGCCCUUCUGAAUUUGAGAAUAAUAAUGGGCGUUUAAUUUCAUUACGUGAAUUAUUGGAUGUAAUUAUCUGCAGUGGAAAAGAUAUACAAAUUGAGGAUUUGCUUCGUUUACGUCCAUACGCAACAGAAAAAGACGAAAUAUUUUCUUUUGAAGAGUGUUUUCAGAUUUAUCAAAAUAUUCCAUCAACUGGUUUAGACGAAAUUUACGAUUUAUUUGAAUUAUUUGUAAUAACUGAAAAUGAAAUAAAUUGGGAAUUAUUAAAUAAUAAAAUGUUGGAAUUAAUUGAAACAACAAACAAUAACGACGACAAUAAUUAUUUAAUUAAUUGGCUAAAAUUGAAUAAACAAAAGGGAACAGAUAUUGAAAAUGUAAAUAAGGGUUUUUUUAUUUAUUUAAUUUUUAGAAAUUAA